CAAGUAGCAAUGUCUGGAUCACGUCGCCAACGUCGAAAGCAUAACUUUUGCUCCCAAGACGUUCGAAAUUCUACGAACUCGCUAAAUUCCUACAAAUGGCCGAUGCGUUGAAGGCAUGGCUGCGUACAAGACUAGGUGCGAUCAUGGAUCUCACGCCGAAGACGUUUGGUCGGUACACGAGAGACGGCACACUACUGGCCCAGAUUCUACAUAGCUACGAUAUAAUCAAUAGCGAUCAACUAAGCACCAUUCUUUCUACACGAGAUCCUGCCUUGUCCAGGGUGAACCUUAGAACCUUACGAAUCUGGCUGAAGCUUAUCAAUGUUAUGCUGAGCGAUGAGUGCAUUGAGGAUAUCUCUAAAGGUAAAGGUGCUGCGUCUCUCCAGCUGUUCUACAAGGUUUAUUUGAGCCUUGAGGGCAAAGAUCGACUGCAUUUUAUCGCUCUUCAGAAAGAGCAAAAAUACAUGCAUAGUAGAUUCGACGUCUCCAAAGUGUCUGAAGAUCUAGCCUCUUAUUUACCAUCUGAACAUCCUCUAUCAGCACCAUUGAUCGAGGCAGCCGAUACUGUCCUCUGGCACAGAAAUAAGUUUUGGGCAAUCACGAAAGCCUGUAGACGAGAACGAGAGCGAUUUGAGGCUCUCAUGGAGUAUCCAGUGAUACAGCCGAUCGAGCACUUUGUCCCAGAAGAAUUGCUAGACAAAAAACAGAAAGAGAGCGAAAUACUGGACGAAUUCACUCGCAAGCAUCCAGCUUGUAAGACGAAGAAAAGAUACCAAGUCGAGUGUUGUCCCUCGAAGAGAACCUUGGAUGUGUCCUGCAUCGAGGAUCCCACAGCUGCUGCGGAAUAUAUCGACUUCCUGAAGAAGCGUAGCAAGAAAACGGCUAAAUGUCACGAAUUAAAGCUGAAAACACAAACAACAAUGAUGGCAGAGGCUUGGGAACGAUUACUGAGGAAACAAGACAGAUCCUUCGACGAGGCUCUUGGAAGACGAGUACUGGAUCAGUCGCGUUAUGAGAAACAGAUAUUGAGGAAGCUAUGUGAAGUGCGAGACUUAAGAAAUAGAAUUGUGGAAACUCGUAGGAUAGUUGAUACAAUGUUGCUGAAGGCUAGAGAGAACGAAUUGCGAUUCAACCAAUAUCGUCAUGAAGAAACAAUAAAGGAAAAGAGAGAAGAGGUGGAACUGGAGGCCUGUAGAAUGCGCGAACUGCAUAAAAAAAUUCGCGAAGGAAAGGUACGCAGGAUGAAAGAAAAACAUCAUGGUAUCUGUUCAGAAAUUAUAAACGAUCUCAUAGAUAUCGCGGUGAAAAUUUCUGAUUAUCGUCAGGUAAAUGGUAAUCAUAUCCCAAAUUCUAUUUGGAACGAAUGGAGAAUGUUAUUUCUGAAGAGCCAACCAAUAUUCGAACAUACGGAUUACUUUGAUGAAGAAGCAGAAAAUACAGAAGAAACAAAAAAUGAAAAAGAGAUAAAAACGAAUGAAGAUGAAGAGGAAAAAGCUUCACCCUGGGAUCAAUUUGUGCCGAAGAGAGAAAAGGAAGUUGAAGAAGUUUACAGAUUAGGUUGUGUUGUGCUUGGUUACAUCGUUCAUCGCUUAUUGGAGAUCUUAUAUCCUUAUCCGGCCAAAAUAAUGGAUUGUCCUGUGCCUAGAGUCAAGGUUGCAGCCAUUAUUUUGGGUGUAACAAAUGCAACCUUACACAAACAGUUACGAGAGUUGCUGAAGAAUACCGGAAUUCGUUUGCUGACGAUGGAAGAUGCGAUCAAUCAUUGUCUAGAGAGUUACAAGCGGGAGAUGGUCGAUGUGGAGUACAUCGAUCUCAACAUCAUCUCGACGACGGCGAAAGACAUCAAGAGAUUGGAAGCUAAGAGUAAGGCUGACUCAAGGGAGCUUCACUCAAAGAAGAUUGAACGAUCAGCGAAGUCGACACCGUUCCACCAGAACGUGGCUGAGGAAAAACAAACGCAAACGCCUAGACAGAUACCUUAUGACGAUAUGGACCCGAUUUUAAGCGAUACCGCAUACAUAGUCGAGGAAUGGCGGUAUGUCGUUUUGUUCGAGAUCGAGCGUAUAUAUCAGAGAUUGGAUGUGCUGAAUGCGGCUGCUCGAUCAGACGUGACUUUUCUUUUGGAUACUAUGAGACAGACCUUCCAUCGCAUUCAUGAUCAUAUUGUCGAAAGAUAUAAACGUGAAAUCGAAAGUAUCGAUGAAAUGGCGAACGUUUUUUGCUUUGCCAUCGAAGAAGAAAGACCGAUUCAGCAAGAACUACUAUUAGAUGGCGAUCGAUUUGUCGUGAGACCAAACAUUGUAAGUAAAGAUCACGAACAAUUCGAUGUCCCGAUCAGAGAAGCGCCUUCACCUCUACGAUUUCGAAUGGUUCAACUUGGUCGAUUGAUAGACAUUUUCCAACGAAUCGCUCCGCAUGGAAUCGUCAGUGAACGCGUCCUAGUUUACAUUCUCCAGGACUUGGUAUCCUGCGGCGAAGAGGAUUGUUACCCGCCCUUCGUGCCAUGCGCCUGGCGACAAUUGCGACCCCCAGAUAUCGAAAUAUUGGUCGAACGAUUGUUCGGCUCCACCGAAUAUAUCGAAUGGCGAGAAUUUGUCGUGUAUGCAAUGGAUCUGCCUGUGCCAUCGAUUCAGGAGAUUCUGAAAGCACGAGCAGCCUUCAAGAUGCACGAUCCCGAAUCGAAAGAGGUGGUCACAUGCGAACAAUUCCAUUUGAUACCCUUGUGGUUUCUCGAAAUUUCCACCCUUUACAGGAGUUUCUUGGAUGAAAAACUUGAUGACAGCAAUUCCGAUACAUUAAAGAACAUAAUGUUGCGCAAAGAAGCACAAUUAGGCGAGCGUUUUUCGAGUUUGGGGAACAAUUUCAUCGAAAGGAACGAGGAUGAUUCCGGCGCAAUAUUGAGGCUGAUGCUGGCAAAGGAACUUCUCUGCCGCAUGUAUCUAGUAAACCGAGACUCGGUUCAUUAUACCGCCAUGCUGCUAGCCUUCUGCAAGAACGAGAAUCCUAGCGAAGGUCUGGGAAAAGCGUUCUCCCUUGCCAUGGGUGCUAGAGUUUGUACCGAUACAGUAGAAGGUGAGAAAUACGUCGAAGAGCUUGCCAAGCAGAAGCGCCGUGUUAAGGAGUUGAAAUUGAGUCGAGAUUAUCUUCGAGAGGAGGCUAACGAGGUAGUGCGAGAAAUUGUGAAUUAUAUAAUAAACAAAACGACAGAGAUUGUUGCUUUGUUGGAGAAAUCCCGCGAUCAUGACUUAAGUCCGAAACGCCAGGUAAUGAUCCAACAGUUGAAUGGACAGGUCGAGGUAAAUCCGGCUGAGCUUUUGCCACCAGAAGUGAUAGCAGAGCACCUAGUUGUAGAAAAUCUAUCAGCGAUCAGUGACGAAUACGAACACAAGCACACUCUCUUGCCAAUCGAGGAUGAAACGCUCGAAGAUCAUGAAAAGAUACAGCAGGAUGAAAGAGUGAUCUUUUGGCUGCCGCGGGAUGUUUGCCUGACAGUUUUAUCCACUUGUCUACCGUGGUUUGCGUCGCAAGCAGAUCUCUUUCAUACCACUUUGAGUCUUUGCGAAGGAAUAGCACGCGUAUAUGACGAGUUAAAAGACAAGGAGUUGAAUGACGAAAAAGACCUCGUUUUAGCUCACCGUCUGGUGAACCACAGCUUCAUCUGCGAAUUACUCCGCGCUUCUUCCAAGUUUAUCUCGAAAAACAUGGCAGAUCUGCUCCGCAGUAUCUUGAAGAAUAAGGAUGACCAAAUGAUGUAACCAUAAAAAUUUACGCAGAGUUGUGCCGUAUUUCAACAAGAUUACAUUUACAUCAAAUUUUUAUAUAUUGUUUACGUUAAG